CGGGGCCUUUGUGCAGCUCCACAUCUGGAAGGUGUCAGCUCCUCAUCUUCCUGAACUCAGCGGCUCGGCUCGGCAGCAGAACAACAUGUCCUUCAUCAAGGUGGACCCCGACUGUGACUUCUCCUUCCAGAACCUUCCGUACGGAGUCUUCUCCACGGCCAACAACCCCAAACGUCGGAUCGGAGUCGCCAUUGGAGACCAGGUCUUGGACCUGAGUGUGGUCAGGUCUCUGUUUGAUGGACCCGUCAUGUCCAGAAACCAGGAGGUCUUUGCACAGCCCACACUGAACGCCUUCAUGGAUCUGGGCUUUGAGGCCUGGAGGGAAGCCCGGAGGAGCCUGCAGACGCUGCUGUCCACCAGUGAGAGCAGGCUGCGGGAUGACGUCAGCCUCCGCAGCAGGGCCUUUGUCCAUCAGAGCGCCGCCACCAUGCACCUUCCUGCAGACAUCGGGGACUACACGGACUUCUACUCGUCCAGAGACCACGCCACCAACGUGGGCGUGAUGUUCCGCGGGAAGGACAACGCCCUGAUGCCAAACUGGUUGAGGCUUCCGGUGGGGUACCAUGGCCGAGCCUCGUCUGUGGUGGUCUCCGGGACUCCCAUCCGCCGUCCUCGGGGCCAGAUGAGGCCCGACCAAACCAAACCUCCCGUUUUCGGUCCAUCCAAGCAGCUGGACAUCGAGCUGGAGAUGGCCUUCUUCAUCGGAGCGGGCAGCCGGCUCGGGGAGCCCAUUCCCAUCAGCGAGGCCCACCGGCACAUCUUUGGCAUGGUGCUGAUGAACGACUGGAGUGCUCGGGACAUCCAGGCUUGGGAGUAUGUUCCUCUGGGACCUUUCCUGGGGAAAAACUUCGGGACAACCAUCUCCCCCUGGGUGGUCCCCAUGGAGGCGCUCUUACCUUUCGCAGAGCCGAACCCGGUCCAGCAGGAUCCAGAACCUCUUCCUUACCUCCAGCACCAAGACCCCUACACCUUCAACAUACAACUGUCGGUGGCCCUGAAAGGACAGGACAUGGCCGAACCAGUCACCAUCUGUAACUCAAACUUCAAA